UCCUCCGUGUCUCUUUUAGCUCUUUGAGAAUCAGAACCCUUCUCUCACUCUCUUCAAGCCCUCAUUUUGAAUUGGGGAAACCUUCAGUCUCGGAGAAACCAAUCCCUCAAAUCUCUCACUCACUCGAUCGCUCUCUCUCUCUCUCUCUCUCUCUCUAAACCCUUCAGUCUCAGAGAUUAAGAUUCAACCCUAUUCAGCUCGGUUUCAUCUCAGAUCCAAUCUCAGAGUGAUUUCGAUUUUGAAGUUCUCUCUCUCUCUCUCUCUCUCUCUCUCUCUCUCGAUUUCGAAGCUCCAUCGCCACCACCAUCACCACCGUUGACUAAGGUCCAGAUGCCUCAAUUGAUGAAAUAACAGAUUUUUUAUGUGCUGCUCAAAUGGUAAAGGCAGCAGAUUAUCUACUACCUGAUGAUGAUAAGUUUUUUAUUUUUUAUUUUAAUUUUUUGUAUUUCUUCCCCAUAAUGAAACAUCAGGUUUUCAAUUAACCCCUUUUCAUGAUAGGGGCAUACAUUUUUACGGCUUUUAUAGUUUGUUUUUUAAUUACUAAUGCACCAGGAUCCUUGUUUUUAUUUUUAUUUUUUUUGUUAAUUCUGUUCAUACUGCCAUUAGUAAAUUCUGUGCGUAAUUGAUCUUUUCUCAAAUUUCACAGCCGAAGCCAAAGAGGAAAUUUUUUGAGAGAGAAUUCUGGAAAAGGAAAAAGCAAAUGAGGUAUGAGAAGAGGAUGAUGAGUGAGGAUAGUGAGACUAUUCGUCUUCCAAAACCAAUGAUCGGCUUUGGAGUUCCUAUGGAAUCAUCUCAAACAUUUCAUAGAACCCUUCCAGAGGCAGCCAUGGGGCCUCCCUACUUAAUGCUAUAAUUUUUUUAUAGUUAGUGGAACUUAUAGUAACAGCAUAUUAUAAUUUUUUUAUAGUUAGUGGAACUUAUAGUAACAGCAUAUUAUAUUUUUUUAAGCCCCCUAAUUAAUGCUAUAAUUUUGAUAGUUAGUGGAACUUAGAAGAAAAGGUGUUGUAGAAGAUCGCCAAUCCCACUUCCUUUAGGCACUCUUGGAUGGUCUUUUCUUGGCGAAACCAUCUGCUUCAUCUCCUGUGCUUACUCAGACCACCCUAAGACCUUCAUGGACCGACGUCGUCACAUGGAAGGACUGCCGAUUUCUUUGACAUGCUCUUACUUGGUGCUACUGUUUUAACUGGGAUUGUUCUCAUUGAGGGGAUGAUACCUUACGUGUCUGAGUCAUUUGCCAAGAUAAUAUUUAUGAGCAAUUCAUUGACAUUCAUGAUGGUCGAUGUUUGGAGCAAGCAAAAUCCUUUUAUCCACAUGAGUUUCUGGGGUCUCUUUACUUUUACAGUAGCUUACCUUCCGUGGAUAUCAGAUUUGUUGGGGAGAGAAACAGCCCUUUGUAACACACUUUGGGCACUAAAAGAUGCUUCUCAGAAAACAUUCUUUGACAUCCUGAAAACUCGAGAAGAGAAGCUGUUACGGUAUCCACCCCUUGCUGCUGUUGAUCUUUCCCCACCACCUGCAGUGAGGGAAGGAGUACCAGUACUACUUGAGAUAAUUGAGACGGAUGAUGGCAUGAUGGUUCCUGCUUCAGGAAAGAAGUCUGACUUUGAUCCGGUGAUAUCUGCAUUACUAGAUCCUAUUAUUCAGAUAUGUGAACAAGCAGCAGAAGCACACAAGUCCAAAGGAGCUAUUCCUUCCUUUAGAAGAAAUAGAACUACUUCUGACCCAAGCCAACUCAGUAAAUCACCUGUUGAUGCAAUUUUGGCAAACAACAACACUUUAGCUACGUCUCAGGUUUGUAUUUGCUUACGCCUUGUAUUCUCACCUUGUUAGAUCUCAGAUUUCUCAAUGCUUGUACUGGAAUUUUGUUUACUUUAUGUUGUGCUGCUUGUGAAAGUUGUUUGUACAUUUAUAUUACAUGAUUAAUAGUUAGACAAACUGAUUGCUGGUCUAGAAACAGCUGUAGGUUCCAAUUACACGUGGCGCAUCAGACUUCAGUCUGCAAACUAUAUAUGAUUGGGUGACCUAAGCUGUUCUAUUGAAUUCUCUGGACUUUUUUUUGUCUCAAUUUAUCCCCCUUUUUUUACAUUAAGCAGAUCACUCAUUUUUGUGAGACAGAAAAUCUUGAUUUUCCCAUAUAGUAUGCGAAGUGCUGAAUUAUUCCAAACAAUUCACAGUUAAUCUCCCCUAGACUUUCUGUUCUUUCCUACUCUUCUUUGCUAGUUUAGAACCCAAUAACAUGAUUUCGUAUGAAUUAUUUUACCUGAUAAACUAAGAUCAUAAUAACUAUCCUUAAUAGUCCAAAGUAAUGAUGAACCAUAUUACAUACGCAGUAAUUAUGUUCCCUAAUCCUCAUUAAUAUAUUAGUAAGAGUAAUAAUUAUGUUUCUAAACCCUUUAAAGAUGUUACUUAUACUAAAGAAGGUCCAUAUGUUCUGUUCAGAUUGCUUUUCAAGUACUAGUGAAGGCAUUAGUUAGCAUGGAUCCAGGUGAUGACAAUGACAUUUUUAUAAGUAAAAGUCACCUUGACAGAUUUUGAUUUUAAAGUGAUAGGCUCACAACUCAACGCGUUAUUCUAUAUAAUUUUUCGUAUGUAUUUUUUUAUUCACUACCCAUUAGCUCUU